GUUCAGUUUUCGGACGAUCGUUAGUCCCGCGUCGAUCCGAUCGAUUUUUGUUCACCCCCGCCGAAAUUCCUCCGUGUCCCCGUGUCUCUCCGAUCGGCCGUGGGCACCGCGGACUCCGCCGUCGACUAGUGAAAUGGCGUUUAAAUUCAUCCUGCCGAUUCUGGCUUUGUCGGUUUUGCGGGCCGGCCUGGCCGAUGCCGGACACGCGCAUUCUUUCCAACACUUUUACGGGCCGGUGUUGGGCGACGCUGAAGAGAUCACUUGGACGGAUAAACACGGCAACCAUCAUCACAACUAUGUCGCGCAUCCUCACUACGAGUACUCGUACGGCGUGGACGACCAUCAUACCGGCGAUUUUCACGGCCAGAAGGAGCACAGGGACGGCAAAGAAGUCAUCGGCGAGUACACGGUGAAAGAACCCGGCGGCAACGUCAGAACCGUGAAGUAUCACGCUGGAAAAGACGGAUUUUUCGCUCACGUCCAUAACAGCAACGGGAUCGUCCACGAAGGAGGCCACCAUCAUUAAAAAAAAAAACAACCGCCGCGAUGCUUUAUUCAUAACCAAAGAUGUCUUGUUAUGCACCUGUUGUUCUUGUUACGCGACGCUGAUUGUUCUUGUUUUUGUUCUACUGAUUAAAGAACUGUUUUAGUAUUCAA